AUGUCUGUAUUACUUGCUCCACUUAUGGCUAAUACAUCUGAUCUUAAAUUAGCUCGAGAUGAUUUUCAUAUAGCUCAAUUACAAAAUUUAAUUCUUGAUUUUGUUACAUUUUGUGUUGAACACCAUACAUAUCAUAUGAGAAAUUUUCUUAAUAAAAAAGAUUUAUUACGACGUGUACUUGUAUUAUUAAAAUCCAAACAUCAAUUUCUUCAACUUAGUGCACUUCGAUUUUUGCGGAAAAUUGUUGGCCUUAAAGAUGAACAGUACAACUUAACAAUUGUUCGCAAUAAUUUAUUUGCACCUAUUGUUGAUGCAUUUAAGGCUAAUAAACGACGAUAUAAUUUAUUAAAUUCAGCUUUAAUUGAAUUGUUCGAAUUUAUUCGACAUGAAGAUAUGAAAAUAUUAAUAAAUUGUUUUGUUGAAAAUUUCUAUUCCGAUUUUGAAAAUAUAACUUAUGUUAAAACAUUUCAUGAUUUAAAAUUACGUUAUGAUGCUCAUAGAGAUAGACGAGAACGAAUGCUUAAUGAUACGUAA